GUUCCAGAAUAAAUAAAUGGGCCUACUCCCAUUGCUUUCUUGACAGGGAAAAUCCCCCACUCAAACAAUAAUAAAAGAGAGAGAAAAGAAAAAAAAAAAAAAGAGUUUGCUUUAUUAAGAAUGGAAGAAGAUAUGGAGAUGAUAAUGAUGAUGAUGAUCAACAGCAGCAGCAGCCCUAAUAAUCAAAGCAAUGAAGCUUCCACUAGCACUAGCUGGAAAGUAUAUGAUAACCCUUUUUUUAAUUCCCAUCAUCAUCGUCAACAAGUAUGGCAAAGUAGCAAGCAUCUACAUCAUCAUCAAGUGUGCUCACCUGUUUCAGCUCAAACCAUCGUAGACCCUUUUUGGGAUCUUACCUUGUUUGGUCCUUCUUCAACCAUGGAUUCUGAACUGGAUAUUGCUCGAGCCCAGAUCAUUGAUUUACAAGCUGAGCUAGAUUACGAGGUUAAAGCACGUAAAAAGGCAGAGUCCCUCAACAAGAAACUGGCUAAGGAUCUUGCCGAAGAAAGAAGAGGAAGAGAAGCAUUGGAGAGGGUAUGUGAUAAGCUUGCAAGAGAGAUUUCAUUAGAUAAAGCAGAGAUUGAUCGAAUGAGAAGGGAUUUCGAGGAAGAAAGAAAGAUGUUAAGAAUGGCUGAAGUAUUAAGGGAAGAAAGGGUUCAAAUGAAGCUGGCCGAAGCCAAGUUUUUGUUCGCAGAAAAGCUAUUAGAAUUGGAAGAAACUAAACGAGCAUUGCCGGCUGAUAAAGAAGAUAAACCACCAGCAGCAUUCACAACCAAUCUUUCUGGGAAAUUUUCGAGGUUAGUUUUCAGUGAAAAAGCAUCAUCAACCUGUAACGAUUCAUCCAUGGCAAUUCAACGAAAAGCAUCCCCAGAAACAGAGAAUCCUCACAUAAAACGAGGGAUCAAAGGGUUCGUUGAAUUUCCACGAGUGGUUCGAGCGAUUGGAUCAAAAAGUAAACAUUGGGGUUCAAAGCUUGAAUGUCAAAAGGCUCAGCUGAGGGUUCUACUUAAACAGAAGAGUCCCAUUCGAUCAAAUAAUCUUAUCAUGAGCUGAAGAUAUAUUAUCAGUUUUCUGCAAGUAAUUUCACUUCUGGGUGUUUCUUUUCUGGAUUAAAUUUUGUUAAUUUCUUUUUUCUUUCUUUCAAAACAGGGUGACUUAGUACCCAUUACCCUCAAAGAUCUUGGUCUUGUAAGAUUAUAAAAAUGGGGGUAAAUUAAAUAUAUGAUUUGGCUUUUGUAAUUUACCGUAAUGGUGUCAGAAUGUAUAUGAAAUUGUUGUGUUCAUUAAAA